AUGCUACAUGCAAUUGAGAGCAAUGCCCCAGAUAUCUCUAGUGUCGACCUUGGACUUGGCGACCAAGUGGAUUUCUCAGUCUCACUGGGAGACGGUUCAUCUCAAGUGAAGCAGCUCCGAAUAUCACCUGCAUCCCCAAGUUAUGCUCUCGGCAAGCUUCCAUCAAUCACACCCGGUGUUGAAGUCCUUAACAUAUCGUUGUUGCCACACGAGCAGGUGAGCACACCAAUGGUGCCCGGAAAAUUCCACCACCUCAAGUACUUGAAUAUUUCUCUUCCCGCUGUCUCGGCAGUAGAUGAAUAUGAUUAUUUGUCUCUGUUAGCUUUUCUUGACGCUUCUCCUGCCUUGGAGACUCUCGUCUUGAGGUCAGCGAGGAUUAUGAACUGUGUUAACAGAGGCUACGGUAGGAUUCAUUGUGAUGUUUCACAUUUGACGCGGGAGCAAGAAUUUCGCCAUGGCAGCCUCAAGAAUGUGACGAUCUAUAGUUUUUACUCUGCUGAAAGCUUGAUUGAGCUAACCUGUCGUAUGCUGAAGCACACGGCUUCGCUUGAGUGCCUGACGCUGGACACCACCUAUGGUUACUCUAGGUGUUCCUCAUGCAGAAGCGGCAGGUGCUUCUCCAUGGACACGCGUGAUGUCCUACAAGCCCAGAAAGCGCUCGUGGCUAUAAGAAGACGCAUCAAGCCCCAAGUACCCUGUAAUGUCAACUUGAUUGUUGUGGAGCCUUGCAGUUCGUGUCAUGUGAGCGAUAACUGA